UGCUAAAACCAAUACAGUAUGUAAGGUUCAAGGCCGGUUCAGGUCGUAAACCAGUCUGUGGCCAGAUCCUUCUAACCCACUAACCGAUCUCGCCAAUGGAGCAUUGUAGAUGAAGAUGUUUCCUGUGUGCAAGCCUAUUUAUAUAAGGUGGAUAGAAAGCGAAAAUGGAUGUGAUAUGAAGCAAAAAUGAGAAGCCAUGAACCUCGUUCAAGCUCCUCAUGUGCAGCCUGCAAGUUCUUGAAAAGAAGAUGCAUACCCAAUUGCAUAUUUGCACCAUAUUUUAGAUCUGAUGAGCCCAAAAAGUUUGCCAAAGUACACAAGGUCUUUGGUGCAAGCAAUGUGAGCAAGAUCCUGACUGAAGUUCCUGAAGAGCAACGAGAAGACACGGUUAAUUCUCUGGCUUAUGAGGCUGAAGCAAGGCUAAGAGAUCCUGUCUACGGUUGCAUUGGAGCUAUAGCUUUGCUGCAAAGAAAGAUGGUUGAGCUUCAGUUUGAUCUUGCCAUUGCUAGAGCUCGUCUAGCUCGAUAUACUGCAAAUUCUUCUUCUUCUGCUGCUAUCUUGAAUGAUCGCAGUGGCUUGACAACUUUCUCUGAAUUUCCUGCUAUUUGUGGAGGAUUGAUCCAAAGUUUUGGCCUGAGUUCAUCUGAGUUGAAUCAAGAUGGACUCAUGAAUGAUUUAAGCCAAUUCCCAUAUAUAUUUUGAUAUCUUUUCUCUGCUGUCUCCCUUGUGUCUCAAAUACCCUCUUUUCUCUAUAUCAGUAGUGUUAAUUUCAUGAACUUGGUCUUCGGUAUAUGUUCCCAAUCAAAGAAUUAAGAACGCCAUGGGAAAUUCUCAUAAUAUUCACAAUUUUAAAGUCCAGUUCAAAAGGUGUGCGAGUUUUUAUUUACUUUUCACUCUAGACGUUAUCUUGUAGAAUUAGGCAAAGGAUCAAAUGCAUAUGUUUGAAAUUUUCUUUUC